AUGAGUAGCACUGAGCGAACGUACACGUGAAAAGCCUCUGAGGCUGAGCGCCUCGCUGUUGAUGUCUGCUGGGUCCUUGCCCUGUGGGAGUUUUCACGUGACCACUAAAGUGAGCCCGUGAGCCUCUGAAGCAGCGGAGGACGCUGAAAGCAAACGGAAACACUCGUAGUUUUGAGCUCAGUAGCUGCCACAUUACUUUAAUAUAGUUAGAGGGGACGCUUGUGAUUUUCGAAGAUGUUUUCACUCGGGCAGAAGAUGGAGUUCCUCAUAGGAAACCCCUUUUCAACGCCGGUCGGUCAGAGAAUCGAGCGAGCGACAAGCGGUGCUCUGCAGUACGAGGACUGGGGGCUCAAUAUGGAGAUAUGUGACAUCAUCAACGAAACAGACGAGGGGCCCAGAGAUGCAGUCAAAGCUAUUAAGAAGAAAAUCGUAGUAAACAAGAACUUCAAUGAGAUCAUGUUGGCCCUCACGGUUCUUGAGGCCUGUGUGAAGAACUGUGGCCAUCGCUUCCACAUUCUUGUGGCGUCGCAGGAGUUUAUAGAAGGAGUUUUGGUCCGUUCCAUUCUGCCCAAAUAUAACCCCCCCACGUCCCUCCAUGAUCGGGUGCUCAGCCUCAUUCAGUCGUGGGCCGAUGCGUUUCGUAGCUCUCCCUCCCUAGCAGGGGUGGUGUGCGUAUAUGACGACCUGAGGAGGCGUGGUCUGGAGUUCCCCAUGACAGAUCUGGAUGCUCUGUCCCCCAUCCACACUCCCAAUAGGAGUAUACCGGAAAACGAGACCCCUGAAACGAACCCCGUCGCUGCUCCCACACAGCAGUCACAAUCACAAGCACCUUCCAAUGUUCCCACUAUGAGUAUGUCACCUCCAGCCCUGUCCAGUGAGGGACCAGCCUGCCUCUCUGCAGAACAGGAACGGAAGCUGCAAAAUGAGCUGGUGCUGGUGAAGGGAAAUCUCACUGUGAUGACAGAGCUGCUGAAUGAGCUAAUACCUGGACAGAGCCAGCAAGAUGAUACAGAGCUGCUACAGCAGCUGUACUCGGUGUGUAAGAGUAUGCAGACUCGAGUGGUGGAGCUCAUCCCACAGCUGCUGGAUGAAGGGUUUAUUGAAGAGCUGCUUGUGGUCAACGAUGACCUUAACAACGCCUUCAUCCGCUAUGAGAGGUUUGACAGAAUGAACAAGGCACAAAUUCCAAAUGGUCAACAGAGCUCAACCACCAGCCCGAGCCUCGUCAACCUCAGCCAACCGGCUGUCAUCACAACAACCAGCCAACCAGCAGUCAGCAGCACCCCCGCCAGUCUACCGCAGUCAGACGAUCACAAAGAGGAGGGGGAGUUUGACAUGUUUGCCCAGACAAGAGGCAGCUCCCUGGCUGACCAGAGGAAAAGUGUCAGGUAUGAGGACCCAGGAGCUGUGGAGGGCCUUGCUGGAGCUCUGGAUACGAGGUUGCAGGUCACAGGAGGGAUGCCAUCAGCGAAAAACUCUCCGCAGAACGAUGUUGACAAAUGGUUGUCUUGCGAUAUCGAAGACAAAUCUUCAGUUAGUGAGGGAGUUUCCAGUGCAGAGUUUGAUCAGUUUCUGGAAGAUCGGGCGAAGGCAUCGGACUCCAGUGGACAGGCAAUUCGAAGCGUGCCAUCCUCCACAUCCAGACCGCUGCCGCAAUCUACCCGGCAACAGGAAAGAUCAGACCAGCUUUUCUCACUUUGAGUUUGAGGACAAACAAGAGAAGCUGUUGGAUGUAAAUGUCAACAUACAUUUUUAAUAUUCAUAUACAAAAAUGUCCACAAUCACACACACGCUGUGUUAAGUCAG